AUGCUCGUAGCACUUGUAUUGCUUUUCGUGCUUUCAGCCUUGUUGCUCCGAAUAUGGGGUUCUCCAAAGGCAAUGGAAAGAAUCCCCGGCAGUUUAGGUUGGCCUAUUGUGGGAGAAAGUUUCUCAUUCAUCUCCGAGUUCUCGAGUCCUGCAGGCAUAUUCAGUUUCAUGUACAAGAGACAACAAAAGUAUGGAAAGGUGUUUAAGAGCUAUGUAUUGGGAAGAUAUACAAUCUUCAUGACUGGGAGAGAAGCUAGCAAGAUACUGUUAACGGGUAAAGACGGGCUGGUGAGCUUGAAUCUCUUUUACACAGGAAAGCAGGUCCUCGGGCCGACAAGCUUGCUUCAACAGACGGGAGAAGCGCACAAGAGACUUCGCCGACUGAUUGCAGACCCCCUUUCGGUUGAUGGCCUAAAAAAGUAUUUCCCAUUUAUCAACAAUUUGGCAAUAGAGGUGUUGGAUCAAUGGAGUGGAAGAAAAGUAUUAGUUCUUGAAGAGGCUUCAACAUUCACACUAAAGGUGAUAGGAAACAUGAUAAUGAGUUUAGAGCCAGCUGGUGAGGAGCAGGAGAAGUUCCGAGCUAAUUUCAAAAUUAUUUCUUCCUGUUUUGCCUCGUUGCCGUUUAAAAUCCCGGGAACUGCCUUCUAUCGUGGUAUCAAGGCUCGUGAUCGGAUGUAUGCCAUGUUAGACUCAACUAUUGCCCAUCGAAGAAAGGGUGAAACCUUCAAACAAGAUUUCCUAGAAUCUCUUUUAAAGAAACAUAGUAAAGAAACCUCAGAAGGAGAAGAUGAUGAUAAACUCACAGAUGCACAAUUGAAGGACAAUAUAUUGUCCCUACUGGUUGCUGGUCAUGAUACCACUACAGCUGCUUUGACAUGGCUUAUUAAAUUUCUUGAAGAAAACCCUGUUGCAUUAGAACAUCUAAGAGAAGAACAUCUUACUAUUCAACGUAACAGAGAGAAAGGAUCGAGUCUUACCUGGUCAGAAGUUAACAAUAUGCCGUACACCAACAAAGUGAUCAAUGAAACUCUUCGAAGAGCCACAAUCCUACCUUGGUUUUCAAGAAAAGCAGCACAGGACUUCGACAUUGAUGGGUAUAAAAUUCAAAAUGGUUGGUCUGUUAACUUGGAUGUUGUGUCGAUCCAUCACGACCCGGAGUUUUUUCCUAAUCCACAGAAGUUCGAUCCAUCCAGAUUUUCUGAUCCUAUAAAACCUUUCAGCUUCCUCGGGUUUGGAAGUGGACCACGCAUGUGUCCUGGAAUAAACUUGGCCAAGCUGGAAGUUUCUGUUUUCAUCCAUCACUUGAUGUGCAGAUACAAGUGGAAGCCACUGGAGAAAGAUGAUUCUGUCCAGCCAACACUAGUCAGGAUGCCCAAGAACAAGUACCCUAUCACAGUCGAGCGUCUUUAG